AUGGCCCCCCUCUGCACCUCGUCAGAAGUCAACUUGUUGGUCUACCACUACCUCAAGGAAUCUGGCUUCCAUCAUGCCUCCUUCUCAUUGCGGCACGAGUCUCGCUUAGACGAUGAGCCGCUCUCCAAAGAGGCCAUCAUCGAGCCCGGACAGCUGGUCCGCUUCCUGCAAAAGGGCCUCAUCUAUGCAUCAGUAGAAGCGCACAUCCAAGACGACGGCACGGAAAAGCCGUGUUCUUCCACCAUCCGUCUCGUGGGUCCCGCGCACGUCUGCGACGGCAAGCCUCGGCCAACCCCUCCACCGGCGAGUCCGACACGGCUGUCGCCAGAGCCAGAUCCGUUUGCCGCUCUACAACCUCGACUCGAACACAAAGAAGCAGCGACGCAAACACCACCAGCUCCAUCUGCACCUGCGAAGCAGGUCAAUGGCGUCCACAGCACAAAGGCAUCUACCUCAGCAUCGUCGCUCGGAACUGAAGAUGCCGACCGAUCCUCCAAAGUGGCGUCUUCCUCCAGGAAGAAGCUCGAAGAUGUCGUCGAGAACGACGACGCAGCCUCAGCGACCUUAAAACCAAAGGACGCCAAGCGCAAGGCUUCCAAUUCGGUCACCUCGGACGCGGAUCGAGAAGAUAAGCGUGUGCGCAGGGGCGAGGUCAGCGCCAAGGCAGACGCCCCCGCCGCGACAGAAGCGCAGGCUGAGGUGGAGGACUCGGCUGCGUCUCGCAGAGACCAUCGUAACGGCAGAGCCGAGUCGCGCUCAACCUCUCCGGGUGCUGAGAAGAAGCAAGCGACCAAGGACAAGGAAGCAAGCAGCGGUAAGAAGAAGAAGGGCGGAAAGUCGUCAGCCGGAGAGAACGGCGAGGCGAGCAAGAAGCGGUCGGACAAGGGCAAAGAUCCAAAGGCGCCAAUACCCCAACCGAAGGGCGACAACUUUAUUGAGGAUGCCCAGAUCACCACGCUGGCCGGCCACACUGGCGAAGUGUUCAUCUCUGCUUGGAAUCCGUCUGUUCCCAAUAUGUUGGCAUCAGGAGGCGGUGAUGCCACCGUGCGCAUCUGGGAGGUGCCGGAGAAUGCAGACGAAGCUCCCGAUGCACCUACCAUAUGCAAGCAUCUCCCUGCGACCCAAAGCAAGGACAUCUCGACGCUCGAUUGGAAUCCGGACGGAACGCUGCUCGCGUCAGGCUCCUAUGACGGUAUCGUCCGGCUCUGGACGCCACAGGGAGACCUGCAUCUCGUCAUGUCCAUGCACCAAGGACCCGUCAUCAGCGUCCGUUGGAAUCGCAAAGGCACCAUGCUGCUUACCGGCAGCGCAGACGGCACCAUCAUUGUGUGGGACCUCAACAGCGGCAAGCCGCGACACACGUUCCCGCUGCACAGCGACAGCGUCCUCGACGUCGAGUGGCUGUCGACUGCCGAUGGUUCGCUCAAGCCCAAGUCGUCGUCGGACGCGCCGCCGCCCAUGCCGCACGGCUUGAGCCCUACGGUCGCCGACAUGUACUUUGCCACGUGCUCAGCUGACAACAGCAUCAAUUUGUGCAAACUCGGCGAGCCCAAGCCGGUCAAGUCGUUCAAAGGUCACACAGACGAAGUCAACGCGAUUCGAUUCGAUCCAUCUCAGACGCUGCUAGCGUCCGUAUCCGAUGACACCACAGCCAAGAUCUGGGCUCUGGACAUUGGCUCCAGCGGUGCAGGUGGAGCAUCUGCCGGUGCUGCUGGAUCGGCUGGCGACCAUCUUCGCAAGCGAGCAUCUCAGCGUCGAGGCGGCAGCGCACACCUGGAGGGAAUGGACGUGGACGACGAUGGCACGCAGCGAGCGGCAGACGACAACAAUAGCGAUCGCGAUCGCGAAAAGGACCGUGCCACGCCUGGUUCUGUCGGUGUCGGCUCGUCGUCGGCGAACGCUACCAGCAACAAGGAGCGUGCUUCUCCGGCACCGGGUAGCAAUGGGCAAGCGGGAGCGGCGUCGAAUAGCGGUGCUACGUCGAGCCUUCUCGCCACCACGGCCAAAGGACCCAACAAGGGACUGCGACUCACGCUCGCCGGCCACACGAAGGAGCUCUACGCACUCGCGUGGUGUCCAACCGGUCCUGGCUCGGCCUACCCAGACCAGCCCAGGAUGCUGGCCACGAGCUCUUUCGAUUGGACUGCCAGACUUUGGAAUGCCGACAAUGGCGAUUGCAUCCGUGUGAUUGACGCACACGAAGACAAUGUCUACACGUUGCGAUUCAGUCCGUGCGCUCGCUACCUCGCCACAGGCGGUAUCGAUAAGAAGGUCGUCAUCUCGCGUGUCGACAACGGUGCGCUGGUACAGCAGUACCAAGGAGGGGGCGCCAUCUUUGAUAUUGCAUGGAAGGACGUCCACGACACGGUCGAGACCAAACAGGAGGAUGGAGACAAGAGCGAUGAGGUUGGCGCCAGGCCUCAGCCGCUGGCCAAGCGCCACCAGCUGGCCAUCUCACAGGCCGACCGAAAGCUGAGUGUUCUCAACAUCGGCGACCUCGACGCCGUCGAAUCGACUGCUUCGUUCAAAGCGCCUCCAACCGUGGGUGUCAAGACUGAGGCAAACGCCGGCAGCGACAAGCCGCCAAAGAAGCAAGCUCGAGAGGACGUUGCUGCCGUCGCCGCCCCUCAGGUUGGCGGUGUCCGACUUUUCGGCAAGUGGGACGCCCAGGAGGUCGAGGUCAAGGACAUCUCGCUCACCGACUACAUCGCUCUCCGCAAUGCCGUAUACACUCCCCACACUGCUGGCCGUUACCAGAACAAGUCGUUCAAGAAGGCUCAGACCCCCAUUGUUGAGCGUCUCGUCAACUCGCUCAUGAUGCACGGCCGCAACAACGGCAAGAAGCUCAUGGCCGUCCGCAUUGUCGCCCACGCUUUCGAGAUCAUCAACCUGCUCACCGACGCCAACCCCAUCCAGAUCCUCGUUGACGCCAUCAUCAACACUGGUCCCCGUGAAGACUCGACCCGUAUCGGCUCGGCCGGUACCGUCCGUCGCCAGGCCGUCGAUGUUUCGCCCCUUCGACGUGUCAACACCGCCAUCACUCUCCUCACCACCGGUACCCGAGAGUCUGCUUUCCGCAACGUCAAGUCGAUCGCCGAGUGCCUCGCUGACGAGCUCAUCAACGCCGCCAAGGGUUCGUCCAACUCGUACGCCAUCAAGAAGCGUGACGAGAUGGAGCGUGUUGCCCGAUCCAACCGUUAA